AUGAAUGGACAUGAUUCUUCUCUAGAAUCGGAUCAACUUUUCAGUGAUGAUAUGCUUGCUGUACUCGAUGAAAUUACUCAACGUUUGAAACGAGAAGUGCGGGUUAAUUUAAUAGUUGAAAAGAUAGAUUGUACAGAAGAAGAACAAUCGAAAUGUUUACAAUAUUCUUUGCAACAAUCAUUCCAUUGGCUAAUUAUCGAUGAUCCGAAAAACGGUGAUGCAGUAUAUGAAAUUGCAGCAAAACUUAACCACAAGAAAGCAAUUAUUGAAGCAUCACUUCUAAAUGUACUUUCACAACAUACUGUACAUGAUCUAACUGUAUACUGUAGCAAAGAAGCAGAUAAAGAAGUUGGGUUUGUACGUCGAUUAUCGGAUGAGGAAUUAGUGGCGAAGCAACGUAAAACAAAAGUAACGAAGUUUAAAAAUACUAUUUUAUGCUCUCCAUUAGAAAUUAAUCUUAUCGAACCAUUGCUAUUGGAACAACGAUCAUUUGACAAGCAAUUAAAUUGGCAUCAAUUAAAACGUAUGGAUGAAAGCGCAUUAGAUGAUGCUAUAAGUAAAGAUCAACUAACGUUUAUCCUUUUUUGGAAUAUUGAAGAUAAUGUAAGUAAACAUGCAUUUUAUUUAUGGGCGGAAGCGUCGAAAUCAUUAGUUUUGCAUCAUCCAACACUUAUAUUCGGUGCAUUAGCAUGUCAUGAAUUUGAUGAAUUAUGUGCUGAUCAUAUCACAAAACCUAAUGAUUAUCAUACGGUAUUCGCAUUCAAGACGAAUGAUAUAUUUGGAAAGACUAAAGAAUUGCGUGAUGCAAAGUAUUACAUCGAUUGGGUUCAACUUUUGAUAUUAUCACCAGCACAAGAAAUUCAUUCGGAUGAUGAACUAAAACAAAUUAAAGCAGGUAAAUUGGAAUUAUUCGACGAAAUUAGACCAGCAAUAACAGUUGGCGUUUUCGAUGAUCGUAACAGUAAUGAAGCUAAAAUUUUUAUGGAAAUGGCUGAAAAUUUGAAGGGAAGAUAUCAUUUUGUGUAUUUAAUUAAGGAAAGCUCUCCUAGUACUGUUUAUACAAUUCGUGCACUGGAAAAACGGAAACGAAUUGAUUUCACGAGCAUUUAUGAAAUUCCGGAAUUGACCAAUUUUGUUAUACGUUCAUCUUUACCAACUGUAAUAGAUAUAAGUAAUGGAUUUACUUCGGAUAUUUUAACGCAUCAAUUGCAACCUAUAAUUUUAUUCAUUGAUAAUGGUAAUGACGAGGAAAAGUUGAAAUUUGCAGAAUUAUGCGCAAAAUCACUGUAUAUAAUUUGUACUGUUAUUAUUAACAGGUAA